AUGGGUGGCAUCAUCGCUGUCUCUUACGAGGCGAGAGCCAAGGGCGUCACGCGGCAGAUGUCUGGCCACGAAGCCAAGAAGGUCUGCCCAGAGAUCAUCUUGGUGCAGGUGCCAACAGCCUUUGGAAAGGCAGACCUGCAAAUCUACAAGGAAGCGGGCGACGCGGUGGUAGAGCUCCUGGCCCAAAAGUGUGAUGCCACUGAGAAGCGCUCCGUGGACGAGGUGGCCAUCGACAUCAGCAGCGAAUCACAGCGCCUGCUGAGCACCGUGGACUUCGCGGAACUCCGCUGCCGCGCGCAGCGUGCGUCGCAUCUCGCGGACUCGGCGCUGAGCAAAGCGGCGGCCAACGUGACGCGGAGUGAAGCAAGACAAGGACAUCAGAAGCAGCAAGCCAGGAAUGUUUCAGAAUUGGCAGAUGGAUGGGAGGAAGUCUUCCAACGCUUCGCGACGGAUCUCACGGUGCAGCGCCUCAUCGCCGGGGCCGUGGUGGUCAACGACUUGCGCGCCGAGGUGGAAUCCAUGUUGGGCUUCACUUGUUCAGGCGGAGUGGCGACCAACAAGAUCCUUGCGAAGUUGGGCUGUGGACUCCACAAGCCAAACCAACAGACUCUGCUCCUGCCGCAUGCUGCACCAGUCUUGCUCAAGGAUCUGCCACUAGAUCGUCUGCCGGGUCUUGGGGGCGACUUUGGUCAAGCUGUGAAACAUCGCUUUGAGGUUGAAACGGCUGGGCAACUGCUGCAGGUGUCUCGCCUGGACGUGAUGAAGCACUUUCCUCAGAGAGGUGAGUGGCUUCUGGCCCUUGUAGCUGGUGAAGAUUCGGCAGCGGAAGCCGUGAAGGACAGGCAGUUGGUUAAGAGCCUCUCGAACGGAAAGACGUUCUUCGGAGAAAAGCGCUUGAGGUCCGUGGCAGAGGUGGACUAUUGGCUUGGAGAAUUGGCCUGGGAACUUCAUCGACGCUACCAGAAGCAGGCCUGUGGGAUCUUGAUGACAUUGACGAUCUGCAUGUCCUUGCUGAAGCGUCACCAGCUCUGCGCCGUCUUGCGAAGUGGCUAUAGCAGUGUGGUUGCAUUCUGUUGCAACUCUCAGCUGCAGUUGUCCAAACUGGAUCGACAAACGCAGGAAGCUUUCCAGUUGGAACUUUCACAACUCUUAGUGCGAGCUGGACAUGGAAUCGUAGUGCUUCUCUUCUGUCGCUCCAUCUUGGUCGUCGUGGGCCUGGAGGGCUUUCUGGUACCUUCCCUGCAUCUUCCUGCCCUCCUCCUCUAUGCCGGGGCACUCUUUGGCAUUGAAUUCAAGUCGUUGGUGAGACCUUCCACCAUCGAUUGUUGGGCCUUCUUGUUCUUUAGCAUCCAGUUCAUUCCACUUUUCACCGACGAAACAAACGUGAGUCUGGCACGAACUCUUCCGGUAAGGCUCCUGUUGUCUGUGACAGUGAGGCAUGGGGCGCUUUCAGCUGCAUGGAAUGUACUUUUCUAUGUCACUGUUACUAUCAAGAGUCGUUUGUCCAACAACUCCACAACCAUCCUGGACGCUUCCGGUGGGGGUGGCUUUUCAGAGAUGGUUUUGAUUAUGAGCGUCGCCUUCGUGGUCCGGCAGGUCCUCUACCGCCAUGUGCGAAUGAGUUUGAAGCUCAAGACCAGUACUGUGGAGUUGUCGGCUGUGUCGAGGCUGCUACACGGUUUCUGUGAUGCUGUGGUAGAAUUGGACGAAGAUUUGAACCUGACGGAUGCCAGGCAGCUGUCCACGAUUCUGUUGCACCGGACAGCGACUGUGGACCGCCCGUCCGAAGGACGGGCCAACUUUCUGAGUUAUUUCUCCAGCGAGGAUGUACCACGCGUUCGAGAUUGUUUGGAACGACCUGGCCAGAAAUUACCCCCUCUGGCUCUGAAUGCGAAAAUGAUAGACAGCAUGGCAAGUGAAGUCCAUGUUGAACUGCUGCAUGUUCCAUUCUCCAAUGCAGAGAGGAAGGGAUGUCACUACGUAGGCAUGCGGGAGAUUCAAGACACCCUGUCUGCCGUUGCACCGCUGCAAUGUGAUUUGACGAAGCCUUCCCGUCCCAGAGCCAUGUGUUCCGCUGGACCCAGUAUCAUUUUUCUGGGCACCACUCUCCAAGUGAUUGACGCGGAAACUGAAAUUGGAGAACUCUGCCAGAAACACAUGAGCAGAUCUAUCUUUGAUCUUACUCUGAUGGACCUCGAAGGAUGUGAAGCCAAAUCGGCCAAAUCCCUGUCGAGUCAAGUGCAGCACGCUGUGAACGGCUUCAUGCAUGGUUGCGCCUGGGCGCAACAGGCAAUUCCACUGCAGGAUCUUUCGUUGUUCGGUCGACCAGUUGUGGCGAUGACCAUCGAUCAAGAAACCGAACUCUUGGGAUGCCUGAUUCUUUCGGAGCCUACGAGUUUCUUGACCCAGCGCAACGUGCGGCGCCUCGAGCGUUGCUCGUCGCACCACGGUCGCUGCAGUCGCCGCGGCGCCGCGAGUUACGGCGGCAGCAGCCGUGGAAGCCCCAGUGCCGUGGAUGUUGAAAUCGAGGUCGAGAAGCACCAGCGCACGCCCACGACACUUGGCGUGUCGCUGAGCAUGGAGAAGGAGUCCAAUGCCAAAGAGCACCUGACCCGGCAGCAGUCCAUCAAUCUGGGCAGUAGCGGCAGCGUUGAGCACAUCCUCACAGCGGCCAAGGAGAGAUUGGGCUUCGCUGCUUUGGUGCGUCGCGCAGGGCAUUUGUCCGAUGUGGUGGUGCUCGGGCUAUGUCUGUCGAACAUGGUAUCGCUUGAGGCCAGUGGCUCAUUGACCAAAUACUUCGGCAAGGCCGCUGAAAAUGCAGGUGGCAGCAUCGAGAAAUUUGCAAAAUCAAGGGUGAAGCCCAAGGCGCAAGAUCAGGACCAGGAGACGGGCGGCUGUCAUCUUCCACUGUUUGCCGGCCUGGCCCACAUCUUUGGGACAAAACCUCAAUUUGGAGAGAAGACGUCUUUGGUUCCAGUUGAAAAAAACGAAGCAUGGAGCGACCACACGCAGUUUGCGAAACGAGAAGCAGAGCCCAUAGGCAGAAUGGAUCAGGAGACUGAGGUGGAUGAAGGUGUCCUGGCGGAGCUUCCCUUGAACAUUCAAGAGGAGAUACGGAAGCAAAUGGGUCAAAUGGGAAAGGAAGAGCUGAUCGAGUCCCUGAAUGCAUGCGAUAUGAGGCAGGAACUUGAGAACCUUCUACAGAGUUGGGAAGCUCAGCUGGAGAUUGUAGAGGCCAUCGUUUUUGGCAGGGUCUAA